CCAUUCCUCACGAAUCUGUUCUCAACUCUAAUGACAUGCGUUUGUAUCGCUAUUCUUGCCGUCGAUUUCCGCAUCUUUUCGCGUCGUUUCGCCAAAACAGAGAUCUAUGGCUUCAGUCUUAUGGACGUCGGCGUCGGCUCUUUCAUCGCAAUCAAUGGCGGCUUCUCUCCGGAAUCACGUCUCGGAGGAUCAGAUCCCAAGAAUAAAGCCUUUCUUCUCUUCAAGAAGACAUUCUACUCAACGAUUCCACUCAUUGUUUUGGGAUUUCAACGACUGAUUGCUGUUAAAAGUCUUGAAUAUCACGAACACAUCACUGAAUAUGGUCUCCACUGGAACUUCUUCUUCACACUCGGACUCACAAAAAUUUGCCUUAAUUGUGGUUUAAGUGAAUUCAUACAAAAUGAUUACAGAAUUGGUUUGUUUGCCGCCAACAAAGAGGGAAUCCUUUCACUGUUGGGAAAUAUAUCCCUACAUCAAAUCAAAUUGUGGUUUAAAUUAGCGGUUCAACUGUUCAUACUUUCGCUUAUUUUCAUUAUACUAAUGGAUUUGAGUCACAAUUAUAUUGAGAACACUUCCCGAAGAGAAGUCAACCUCUCAUUCGUCUUUUGGAUGAUUGCAUUGAAUUCCAUAUUUAUUGGACUCGAGUUUGCCAUUCAAGCCCUAAUCCAUUGUCUGCAACACUUGAAUGUCUUCUCAUCGGAUGAGUCCCACAGAAGUAUUAUAUUCUCGGCUGUAGGCUAUAGCGGAAUGUUAUUGUUUUUGGUGUCCAACCUUUUGACCGGUUUAGUUAACUUUACAAUCGACACGAUCUCUUGUUCCGAUUUAACAGCUUUUGCUAUUAUCUUAACCUAUUCUCUAGUCCUUUGUUUUAUUGCCAUAUUUUGUUUUCAAUACAAAAUUCAGAUUAAAAUCCCAGUUAAACAAAAGUCUGAAUAA